ACCAGACCCAGAUGCUGAAACAGGAGAAUUAACUAAAAGUCUGAGUGUAGGGUGCUUUUAACCCUCUCCUGCACCCACUGAUGUGCCCCGGCCGUGUGGUAGAUGGGAGCAUCUCAUCCCCUGGAAACACCCAACUCUGAACCUUGCUUUCAGGGGGAAAAAACCAACAAUCCAUCCCAUAUUUCCCACAGAACAGAGUUCCCUCUCCUCCCAAAUCGGUUUGGAAGGAGAAUUAAACCACCCACAGCCUCCGAGCAGCAGCAGCACUUCGGCGAGCCACGCUGAGGUAAAGGGUGGCACCAGCCUCUCUGCAGCCCCCUGCCCGAAAUGGCGGCAGCUGGAUUUUCCCCCUCAAAUCAUCCCAACGCAUCCCGAAAACGCCGUGUUUGUGGGGAAGAGGCUGUGUUUUAUUUUAUUUCCCGUUAAAUGACAGUUAAAGAGGCGCUGUGCCGCGGCGCUCGGCCCGCCCCGAGGCGGCGGGGCCGCGGCUGUCAGCCCGCCCCGAGGCGGCGGGGCCGCGGCAUGGGGGACGAGCUGGCGGCGGAGGACGACACCCUGCUUCAUUCCGAGAAGGAGUUCCAUGAUGCGGCGAAGCGUAAUGACGUGGCCAGGAUGGAGGAGCUCAUCAGGAGAGGGGUCGACAUCAAAGCCAAAACCAAUGCAGACCGGACUGCCCUGCACUGGGCUGCGGGAGCAGGGAACGUGGAUGCCGUGCGACUGCUCCUGGACCAUGAUGCGCCGGUGGAUGAUGAAGACAAUUUUGGAAUGAAUGCACUUCUCCUGUCUGCCUGGUUUGGCCACCUUCGUGUCCUGCAGAUCCUUGUCAACGCUGGGGCCAAGAUAAACUGUGUCAAUAGGAAUGGCAGGAACAUGCUCCACUGUGCUGCUCAGAAGGGACACAUCCAGGUGAUGGAGUUCAUCAUGGAGGACCUGGAAGACAUUUGUGUGGAUAAGACAGACAAGAUGGACAGGACAGCAUUUCACCUGGCUGCAGAGAACGGGCAGCUGGAGGUGGUAGAGUUCCUAAUUCGACUGGGUUGUUCUCACAGUGCCAAAGACAAGGAAGAAAAUACAGCAUUGCAUUUAGCUGCUAAAAAUGGACACUUCUCUGUGCUGCAGAAAAUUAUAGAUGUUGGAGUCGACCUUGAUGAAAAGAACUUGAAAUGCUGCUUGUCUCCUUUUUGCCUUGUCCAGGAAGGACUUACAGCUCUGCACAUGGCUGCAGAGGGGGGUCACAGUGACUGUGUGAAGCUGCUCUUGGAAGCCGGUGCCGAUGUCAAUGCCCAAACACAGAAGAAGAUGAACUGCCUUCAUUACGCAGCACUGCAUGGCUACCAGGAGAUAGCCAGGAUCCUCCUGGCUGCAGGAAUCCACACGGAUGCUGUUAAUCAUCAAAACGGAUCAGCGACGCACAUUGCAGUGCUGCAGAACUUCCCAGCCAUGGUGAAGAUCUUCAUCGAUGCAGAGUGUGACCUUGACAUUCCAGAUAAUCCCUUUCCCCUCGUGCAGAGGCAGCAGACCCCCCUGCACAUCGCUGCAGAGCACGGCAGGCAGGACAUUGCUGAGAUGAUUCUCAUUGCAGGAGUUAAUCUGAAGCUAACAGACAAGCAAGGGAAAACGUCUCUGGAUGUUGCUGCUCGAGGCAAUCACAUCAACCUGACAGACAUGAUUAUCAAAGCUGAUCGGUUUUACAAAUGGGAAAAGGACAAUCUGAACAGUGACUCUGACUCCUGGGUGGCAAAGCACUUGACCUUUAAGCAAGAUCACAGGCUGGAAACACAGCACAUCCGCUCGGUAACGUGGAGACUGGCUACCAAGUACCUCAGACCUGGCGAGUGGAAGAAGCUGGCACAUUACUGGAAAUUCACUGAUGCCCACAUUAGGGCCAUCGAGCAGCAAUGGACAGGCACUAAAAGCUACAGGGAGCAUGGCCACAGAAUGUUGCUCAUCUGGCUCCAUGGCGUGAUCACAGCAGGAGAAAAUCCAGUCAAGGGGUUAUACGAAGGCCUUGUGGGGAUUGGAAGAAGAGAUUUAGCAGAAAGCAUUCGGAAAAAAGCAAAUGCAGACUCUGCCUCUCCACGGAAGUGUGUAGCAAUGUAGCACCAGGAGGGCACCAGCGACUCCUUCAACAGCUUGUCCUCAAGCUAGAGGAGAAACACUUGCUGUGCUGCUGAUCAGGAGGCAGCUGCAACUUAAGAGCUUCUUGUCAUGAGCAGCUGGCACCACUGCUGCUUCCCUCCCUGGAAUGAGGAGAGCACAAGCAAAGCCAAGCCUGAAAUGCCUCUUUGCACAGGAGGGAGAGUUUUACCAGCUGCUGCCUAUGGUCUGGGUGCUGGAGCAGGAGCUCAGCCUUGCUUCUCAUACUGUGAGUGUCAGGAACCGCUGUGUUACUGUAACUGGUUUACAUCUCAUUUUUGUAUAUAAAUUUUAAUUGUCAGUUUCUAAGUUAUAGAGGGCAAAGCCCUUGUUUUCAGGAGUGUUCUUUACUUACCUUUUUUUGGGAGGUGUCUGUCACUUGUGUCUUAGAUGUGUUCAGAAUGUCCCUGGUAGGGCAGGAAUUUAAGAAGAGUCAAGGCUCUCACUCGGUCCUUUUGGAACCAUGAGGGUUGUGAUCUUUAACAGAAAAUUUCAGAGAACAACAUUAACAUACAUUGUUUAUAGAUGUACAUUAACCUACACAUCCUGCUCAUAAAUCAACCAGGUAACUUCCUUAACCCAUAGGUUACAGCUUGAAAAGUGUAAGACAAGAAAGGUCAUUGAUUAUCUACACAGCCUCUGACAAGGACAUAAUUUUCUUAAAUACCUAUUUAUCAUGCAAUACUUUGUAUUUAUUUUUUACAGUGUUUCAAGGGGAAGAUAAUGCCUGUAUUUCAAUAAAUCCAGGGUUUACCCUUAAAUUUGCAA